CACCCCUCGUGUCAUUUGUUCCUUGGGCGAAAUAUAUCAUUCGAUGUUGCAGCUUCCGACGAUAAUAGGAUAAAACGAUUCACUAUUCGGGAAAGUCCAAUCUUGCCUUGCACGGUACAAUACCAUCAAUCCAAGCAUAACUAAUCAUUAUCGUUUUCGGGACGACCCAUUGCGAAAAUCCCGUUAUUUUCUUCGCAAAAAGGUAUGUAGAUGACAAAACAAUGUUUAAUCUCGUACCAUCGCAUGUUUGAGAUGUACUUUAUUGGUCAAUGAGGAUUCAGUUUUAUACAAUUGUCACUACUUCUUAAUGUUUACGUGUGGAUGACAUCAUACUGUUGCCUUCCUUCCGAGAUCAAAAAUAACUUCAUGUCGAAUCGCUUCGCGUAGCGCCUCGCAUCAAUUGCACAUUUUAUGUUUCUAACCCAGCACAUAAUCUUUCUGUGUACUUCGUCUCGCUAGGUUCUUCAGAGCCCCCAAGGAACUCUUCGACAUAUUCUUGUCGUACGUAAUAUCUUCAGGUAUGUGGGUCGUCACAAUUCCUAGCGGGAAGGAACCAAUAGCAUUUGGUGUAAAACUGCAUGUCAAAUUCUUUCGAUGACGAACAUCAAGGAUCCUGAGUCUUGAACUGAAGAUUUCUAUUUUUCCAAUUGAUACUCCCGAGAUUGAAUAGUUGCACUCGUCUAUCAUAAAAAUGUUGUAUCGAUUUGGACAGUUCUCUGACCUGCCACCCUUGUCUCGACGUGGUUGUCUUUUUCGUUGUCACGAUCUUAGGUAGGUUUCAAUGCACGAAGGACGAGCCGUUGAUCCGAUCAUUGACUGCCUUGUUUCGGUGAAGAACAAACUCCAUGCUAAUACUGAAUUUAGGUGACGAGUAUUUUCUCCAAUUGAUUCUGAGAAACAAGACGGUUUGUGUGAUUGCCAUCGAACGAGUAUCAUGGGUUUGUUUCCAGCGUGUGGUAUUGUACUUCUCACUGUUGUGUCAACCUUUUGUUUUCUCAAUAGCAGCCAUAGGGCAUAACUCCUUUCAAGUUUCGGAGAGCGACCCAACGAGGCCCAUUGUGUGCGUUUAUUGGGAAACUAAUUCUUCGUCGGAACCCAUAUGAUACGACGCGGGAUUGCGUUCCCCCCACAAAUUCCUGUGGAUAUCUACACAAGGCUGCGGUGCUCCAUUGAACCAUAGCAACUGCAUUCUUUCAGCAAAUUGAGGAGUUUGCGAGUUAUUUUCCCAAAAUACUUUUUGUUCAUAGCAAAACUGGUUGAAGAUAACUUUAAAAAAUUGUUUUUAAAAUGCUCCUAUCAAACUUCGCCUAUUUGCGUCCUCAUUCUGUCGAAAGUGUGGAGAACUCGCCCUGGCGUGUUAACCUUCAGAAAAAGUCAUUUGAUACCCUCAAGUACUUGGGUAUCUCGAAGUUAAUACAGCAUGAUGCUCCGAUCUUUUCUGAAGCAAAGCAACAGGUGAUCUUUUCUGAAAUUUGUUCAAUUUUUCAUGUCAGAAAAGUGUGUGUGGGAUCUUCUGUUGUGCGCGAAUUUAUCUCUCAUUUUAGGGAGAGCGGGCGAGAAAUAUUAAGAUUUUUUGUUGAAAAUCGUGAAAUGUUGUAUGGAUUUUCGUCUGGGUAUCGGUAGUACGAGUUACUUACGUACUUACGUACUCCGUACCUAUCGUAGCUUAGUACACUAAUUGUACCGUCGCAGAUUUCGUACGUUGAAGGUACGGAAGAAUGUGUCAAAAUCAAAACUGAGUUUGCCAACCGAUGAUUUGUUUUGGAAGCAUCGAAACGUGAUCGUUCGUUGCCCCCGAUCGUUGACACAGUAGCAGCGUUCCUACGCCUAUUCUUUUCCAAUACCGGCGAUGCAGAUCAAUUGUUGAAGAAUGUAUGUUCUACUCGUUACAAUCGCCACCCUUCUGGGAUUUUCUUCGUUCUCUUCCGCAGCAGCGUUUGCAUCGCUAGGGCCAGCCAACCAAAUCGGAACCAAGCGUGCCAGUAUGCCCUUGCUUCACCGGAUGCCCAGCAGACCUCAUCUGAUGGUCCCGCGCGGGGGGGACCAAAAAGUCGAAGACUUGGAUGUCGACGAACCUUUGGUAGAAGAACCAUCAACAGAAGCAGAAGCAGAAGCAGAACCUGUGGCGAAGGUGGCUUCAACGAAAGUCGUCGCCGCGCCCUGUGUUAUCUCCAAGGUGAUGGCCACUCUCACCUCCGUCGGAGCAUGCUACUCUAAGCAGCUGGAAUCGAGACCCAUUCUUACCAAGAGUUAUACUGCGGGCCUCAUAUUUGGUCUUUCUGAUUAUUUCGCACAAAAAAUCGAGAGUUCCAACGAUGUCAAUGGCUCCAGUAGUAGCAUGAACUGGACUCGGGUAAUCACAUCCACUUUGGUGGGUCUUCUCUACUUUGGUCCGGCAGCCCAUUAUUGGUACGAAUGGAUUUUUAAAUUGUUACCAGGCACAACUCUUGCAUCUACACUUUAUAAGGCUUUUUGGGGACAAGGUACGACGAUCGAAGAAAAAAUAUAUCGGGUGUAAAUUUCAAAGAAUGAUUUUAACUCUUACCCUUUUCUUCCUGAUCUUCGAUUCCAGUCUUGUUCGGUCCGUCCUUCACUUGCGUCUUCUUUGCGACUAUUCUUAUGCAAUCUGGCAACUUUUCCUUGCAGUCAUGGUGGCAAAAGAUUCGAAGCGAUCUACCAGGUGCCUGGCUUGCAGGAGCGGGUUACUGGCCAAUUGUAGAUCUACUAAGUUAUUCCAUCGUUCCAGUGAAAUGGAUUCCCCUCUUUGUCAACAUGGCAUCUUUUAUCUGGACCAUUUAUCUCUCAUUGGUGGCAAACAAAAAGAGUUCUUCCGCGUGACUACGUCAAAGCGAGAUGUCUCUCGGUAGCUAUACGCACUCGUGGAGAAAAAUUAUAGUUAAAGUUGAAAGUAUCAGAAGUUUCAAAAGAUUUAUUGGCAAACAGCAUAUCCUACCUCAAAUGACAUAAAUUUAAUGAUACGGG